ACCGGGGACGGCGGUGACAGCCAGCGCUGGAGAAACCUCCCGUGCACGGUGGGGGAGCCUCAAAAUCCACCCCCGCUGCCUUCCCCAGCCUUCCCAGACUUUUUAGGGUCGGGCAAUAGCUUUGCACGGCCUCACCCUGCAGCCCCUGCUGUGCUUUCGGGGCACCCAUCUGCUUCCCUGGUACAUCCCUGGGAACCACCUCCAGCCCGGGGGGGGGGCCCCCCCCCCCCCCGGAGCAUCCCUGGGGCCGGAGAGCAGCUCCCCUGCGGCGCCGGCUGCUGGGGAAGGGAUGAAGACGCUAUGGCCAAAUUAUUGAUAAAAGUCCAGCGGUACUUUCGGCGAAAACCCGUGCGUUUCUUCACGCUGCUGGCUCUCUACCUGGCGGCCGGCAGCUUGGUUUUCCUGCAUUCUGGCUUUGCCGGGGAGCCCACGGUGACGGGGAGCCAGCGCGGCCCCGGGGCUGGCGAGGGGCCAGGGCUGCCCUACCUGGGGGUGAUGCAGCUGAGCCGUGGUUUCAAGGCGGCGGCGACGAUGCCGGAGGGGGGACGGAGACACGGACCCUGGUUCAAAAGCACCUCCAAGGAACCGGCAGAGAGGGCCAAAGCCGGAGACUACGGCAGCACCCGGAGCCGGGCACUCAGGGGCAGGAGCGGCCGCGAGAAGGAGGAGGACAGAGCAAGAUACAUCGGCUGCUACGUGGACAACACUCGCCGGCGAACGCUGCGCGGCGUGUCCUUCUUUGACUACAAGAAGAUGACAGUCUUCCGUUGCCAGGACAACUGUGCCGAACGGGGCUACCUCUAUGCGGGGCUGGAAUUCGGUGCCGAGUGCUACUGCGGGCACAAGGUCCAGGCAUCGAACGCCAGCGAAUCCGAGUGCAACAUGGAGUGCAAGGGAGAGAGGAGCAACGUCUGCGGUGGGGUCAACCGCCUCUCCAUCUACCGCCUGGAGCUGGCCCAGGAGUCUGCCAGGAGAUAUGGCAGCGCGAUAUUUCGGGGGUGCUUCCGCCGGCCAGACAACGUCUCCAUCGCCCUGCCUGUCAGCCAGCUCAUGCUGAACAUGUCGGUGGACAAGUGCGUGGACUUCUGCACCGAGAAGGAGUACCCGCUGUCAGCACUGGCCGGGAUCACCUGCCGCUGCGGCUUCCCCACUACGCUCUUCACCCUGCACGAGCGCGAGGACGAGCAGCUCUGCGCCCAGAAAUGUGCCGGUGAGGAGUUUGAGAGCUGCGGCACUGCUGAAUAUCUCCUCGUUUACCAGACCCAAGUGCAAGACAACCGCUGCAUGGACAGGAGGUUUCUCCCCACCCGUGCCAAGCAGCUGGUGGCCCUGGCCAGCUUCCCUGGUGCUGGCAACACUUGGGCACGCCACCUGAUCGAGUUGGCCACCGGCUUCUACACCGGCAGCUACUACUUCGAUGGGUCUCUCUACAACAAAGGGUUCAAGGGCGAGAGAGACCACUGGCGAAGCGGGAGGACGAUUUGCAUCAAAACCCACGAGAGCGGCCAGAAGGAGAUCGAAUCCUUCGAUUCGGCCAUCCUGCUCAUCCGAAACCCCUACAAGGCUCUGAUGGCAGAGUUCAACCGCAAAUAUGGGGGGCACAUCGGCUUCGCGGCUCACGCCCACUGGAAGGGCAAAGAGUGGCCGGAGUUCGUGGCGAACUACGCACCGUGGUGGGCGACCCACACCCUUGACUGGCUGCGCUACGGCAAGAGGGUGCUGGUGGUCCACUUCGAGGACCUGAAGCGGGAUCUCUUCGUCCAGCUGCAGCGAAUGGUGGGGCUGCUGGGCAUCGCCGCCUGCGAGGACAGGCUGCUCUGCGUCGAGGGGCAGAAGGACGGCAACUUUAAGCGAUCCGGCUUGAGAAAAUUGGAGUAUGACCCUUACACCCCCGAGAUGAGGAAGAUGAUCAGCAGCUACAUCAAAACGGUGGACACGGCUCUGAAACUCCGAAAUCUGUCGGGGGUCCCGGAUGACUACUACCCGAGAUGAUGGUGACGAUGGCGGGGGGACCUCACCCUGCGUGGCAAGGAAAGGCUCGGUCUUCCCGGCCUCUGCCUACUUCCACCCAGUGGGUGGCUUUUCUUUUAAUUCUCCAUCUGCUGCUAUUAGCUGUUAAUCAACUCCCUGCAUGAGCAACGAAUGGUCCCCAGCCAUCGCUGAGCUUGCUUGGCCGAUGCCGACGCUGAUGCGGACCCAGGCAUGGCGGCACCGCUGAGCGGAUGCACGGUGCCUUCCCGCCACAGGGUUCCUGCUCCAUCCCACUCCCGUUUCGGCUGCUGCAGCCCUCCUUGGCAAUGCAAUGGGUUAUUUGUGUCCGUCCCUUCGGGCUGGCUGGAGGGGACACUGCAUUGCUCAUGACGUGCCUGACGCACCCUCCUGGUGUCAGCACACUACCGCGGUGCCACAGGAGCUGAGCUCCCCUGGGCUGGGUAUCCCCAAACUCCCCUCGCUCCUUGGCCAGCCCUGGAAGGCUGCUGCCCAUCCCUGGAUGGAGCCCAUCAGCCUUCCCAAGGGAGGAGAGACCGGGGGGGGUUGGCACCGCAUGGGUGAUGCUCCCGUGGAUCCCGGUCAGAGGUUACGGAAACCGGGAAGGUUGCGCUGGGGAGAAUGAUGCCUCCAAAUGAGGUGGCCGUGUGUCCCCCAUGCACUGUCCCUUGGCUCUGCAGGGACCCUCCCUGAGCCUGGGGACAGGGGGUCCCUGGGUCGAAGCUGGCAUCCCCAGCCACAGCACCGGGCAAUGUUGCUGCUCCAGCCCCGGUGCCCUGGGGGAGCCCCUGACCCCCAUCCAGGGGGGCUGCAGCAACCUCAGCCCUGGGCUGCGGGUGGGAGCCACCCCCACGCGUGUGGGCAAUGCUUGAGAGGGGGAUGUUGGGCCCGGACGGAAGAGCUUACGGGACCCACGAGCUCGUCGGUGCGUCAUUUCGAAAGCUCACGAGCCAGAACAGCCCCCCAGAAGCAGUUUUGGGUGCCACAUGCUGCAGCCCAGCCACAUCAAACCCAUGCGGCAGCAGGGAGCAAAUCCUGGGGUUGAGCUUUCAGGUGUCCCUCCAGCCAAAUCCAGUCCCACAAUGGGUCCCCCCACCGAUGCCUGCACCCUCGCCCGCUGCCUGCUGACAAGCAAGCGAAACCAAAGGAUCUCCGUGCGCAUCGGGAAGAAGCCGUUCACCAGGCUGGCUUUGUGCAGAGCUGCAUGUGGUCCCCGGCUGUCCCCCUGCCCUGCACCGCCUCCCAGCCCAUCCCUGUUCUGACUUUUGCCGUAAACGAGCUCCCUCCCCUCCUUCCAGCCCGCAAGUCCCCUUUGGAUGUAGGUGCAAAAGCCAUAUAUUGUACGCAGCCUUUUCUAGAAUUAGGUAUUUAAUGAUUGUCUUUUAACUCUUGAUCUUGAUAGAAAUACAUGCACAGAUUGAAAUCUAGAGACACUGCUCAAUCUAUAUUCAAAGAGAGAGAAGAGAACUCCACGGAGAAAAAGGAGAAUUUAAAUAAAAUAUAUUUUUCUAACAUGCAUGCAGAGCGGACAUGGGCAGCGAUGCCAGGGCUGGGGGGCUCCCGGUCCCCGUUUCUUUGCACGGAGGUGGGCAAAUGUGUUUAUAGGGAGCAGCUGCCCUGUUUUUAACUAUUCCCUUACAAACAGCUGGAGUUUUUCUAGGAGAGUGGGCGAGCCCUGUCCCGGCAGUGGGAAUCAAGCUGACCCCAUGCUCCUUCACUCCUGGCGGCCCCUGGGGCUGCCUACCUCGGUCAGAACAAAUCCUCAGGUCAAUCCAGCUAUUAAAGGAGAGUUUUUGUUGCUA